GUGAACUGUGUUCUCCCCCUCCCUCCGUUUCUUUUCUCUCGCUCGUUCACUCACUCACUCAUUCAGUCUGCUCUCUCUAUAGUCAAAGCAAGGAUCAGAUUCCCUGCCUUGAGUAGAAAGAAAAGAAAUCUUGGUGAGAGAAUUCAAGGAGAAGAGGAGAGGAUAAACUGAAAAGAAGAGGAGUGCAGGAACAUUGAAAAGAUCUAGGGAGAAAGGAGUCAAUAAUUUCAGAGGAGAAAAAGAGAGGAGAAGAACGGCACUGUAUUUGCAGAGCAAAGGUGUAGGAAGCCCAGGACUCAUCGUCACGGGUGAAUUGAAAACAGUGGAACAGAGACGGGAGAUUUUUACAACUCAAAAAUGCAGAAACAGCAAGAACAGUGUCAGAUAUUUACAGCCAUCCUCUUCGCAUCUAUUUUCCUGCUAGCAGCCGUGAGCAUUACUGAAGCUGGCAAAAAAGAAAAACCAGAGAAGAAGGUAAAGAAAUCUGACUGUGGGGAAUGGCAGUGGAGUGUGUGUGUUCCCACUAGCGGAGACUGUGGACUAGGGACUCGUGAAGGCACCCGGAGUGGAGCUGACUGUAAACAAACAAUGAAGACACAAAGGUGUAAGAUCCCCUGCAACUGGAAGAAGCAAUUUGGAGCGGAAUGUAAAUACCAGUUCCAGGCCUGGGGAGAAUGUGACCUGAACACUGCCUUGAAGACUCGAACUGGGAACCUAAAGCGAGCCCUACACAACGCGGACUGCCAGAAGACCGUCACCAUCUCAAAGCCCUGUGGAAAGCUCACCAAACCCAAACCUCAAGAACCCAAGAAAAAGAAAAAAGAAGGCAAGAAACAGGAGAAGACGCUGGAAUAGGGAUGCUGUUCUGGGCUGCACAGGACAGGAAUCGGACUUCCUCGAAUGUAAUCUGUUAACACGUUUCAUUGACACCUAGGCAUUUUAUCCAGAAGUUAUUUAUAGCUUAAUUGUACAAUAGGAAGAAAUAAACAUACAAAUUCAUCCACUUUCUUCUUCUUUUUUAUUUUUUUACUCUAGUACAGCCUCUCCCAACCUGGGGUCUUCUGGAUGUCUUAGAUUAUAGCUACCAUCAGUAUAACCAGCAUGCUGGCUGGGACAAUAGGAGUUGUAGUCCAAAGCCCCUGGAGAGCACCAGUUUGGGGGAGGCUGCUUAGCAUUUUAAAUGUAUACUCCUUAACAGCAUUUGUAGAAGUCUUCAAUAAAAGGCAGUAAUGUCAUUUAGUACAUGAGCGCUAUUGUAUAUUGGAAAGCAUAGAUCCAUUCCGAAUUCCCCUUUACCUCUCUGAGUCCAAUGUUUUUAGGCCUGGCUCUGCAUGCUAAGGGCAGGGUUUGUAACCUACACGGAACUCCCAAGAUGUAUUCUAUGAAGGUUCUAUAAUGUCCUAAUGGUCCGUUCAUAUGCUGUGCAGAGGGGCCACUUUGUGGGUCAAACAGACCGAACUCCCCCACCCCCUUUUUAUGUUUUAUAAUAGCAAGAGUAGGUCUCCAUCCCCUGACUGUACCUGCACUGAAAUCACUAACUUGGUUGUAAUUUACAACUUUUAAUAAAACAAUUUAAGGCUCU